AUGGCCAGUUUCCAGGAGCUAAGUGAUAUGACGGCUAUUAAGGCAGAGGAUAUCUUGGCCACCCUUCAGAGCUUGGAAUUGAUCCAGUAUCGAAAGGGGCAACAUGUCAUAUGUGCAGAUCCCAAGGUAUUGGAUCGUCAUCUUAAAGCAGCCGGCCGAGGUGGUCUUGAGGUUGAUGUUACCAAAUUGAUAUGGACUCCUUAUAAAGAGCAAAAUUGAUGCAUGGCAUUGCUGUCAACCUUGACCUUUGGCCUAACCUUCAUGUACAAAUUAAAUUUUUAGGGUAUUAAACCUUGUGAACGUUGGAUCUCCCAGGUGUUAGCUCUUUGAUGCCUUUUUUGUAAGUUGGUAUAGAUGUAUUUAAGAAAGUCUAAUCAGCAAAUCUGUGUUCUGACAUGUAUAAUAGGAUAGUUUGAUGUAUUUUGAUAUGUAUGUUAUUUAUCUAUUAGUUAUAACC